AUGGCUGCCCCUUGGUGUGCGGACGAGCCGGCCAGCGAUAUAAGUGUGCCUCCGCUGAAGCUCUUUGUGGAUCUCGACAUCUUCAUGGACGAGCAAGUCGCCCAGUACCCGGGUUUUCUGCCGGCGACCGUGUUUCGGAGAAUCAGGCAAGACAAACAGGAGAUUGACCCAUAUCUGCGGAGCGCACUGCACGCCUACAUCGCCCGGUGGCUCCCGCUCUUCGUGCGCACGGAAUCCGGAGGCAGGCAUUCGGGGCUGCCCUUUGACGAAAUCAACCGGUCAUGCUGGCGCACGGCGAGGAAGGACAUGCUCCAGGCCAUCAACGUGCCCUCAUACCAAGCGGUGCUGGCGUUGUACCUGUACGCCCAGACUCCCGUGCCGCUGGGCAUCUCGCCGGAGGAGGAAUCGGACGGCAUGAACGGCGUGGUCUGCGGCAAGACCGCGCUGCUCCACGUCCAAAUCCUCCGCGAGCGCCUGGUUUGCCAAUUCACCGGCUCGGAGAUCUCGGCCCGGUCGGACGCGUCGCCGAAUCACAACAACACCGACCAACAAACCGCCGCCAGCCCGAAGCCCCUUCGCACGGAGGAAUACCUGAACCUCGCAGACCGGGCGUACUGGGCGAGCAUCACCUGGGACACGUUGGAUUCGAUGACGUUCAGUUUCCGAUCGACCUUGUUUUCGGGCCUGGAAGGCGCGUACAGUGAGCCCGUGUGGCAACGGGCCCGCUCCUUCUUGGUCGAUUCGUUCCACGAGCGGACUCACGACUGGCGCCUUCCAGGUUUCCGGGUUUCGUCGGACGUCGCGCCUCAGAUCACGUCGGCGGCGUCCGUGUGCACAAUAUACACGUGGAUGAUCAUCGCCAGUAUUAGGGAGGCGCUGAGAGAAGGCGUUACCCGGGCCGGCGUCCAGUUCGAGUGGAAUCACCUGCUCGACGCCGUCCGCGUCUUCAAGACGACCAUUCUGCCGAUCGUGCGCAAUUGCGAGAACCAGCUGCACUUCCUGGGGCAGGUCGACCGACUCCACUGGUACGAGACCAUGCUGCUCUACUACCUGGGCAUAUUGAUCCUCACCGACGCCGUCGAGGCCGCCCAUCAGUCGCACCUGCUGUGGGAAGUGGAGCAGCUGAGUCUCUGGGCCGAGCACGAAUGCUUCAACGUCCUGAAAUUCGGCCUCGAAAGCACAUAUAUUCUUAGGCGGAGCCGCCAACAGCACCCCUCCUCCAACAGUGCUGCUGAAACCGAACUUCCUGCACAGUCGCUGACGGUCUCCUUAGUCGCAAUCGAUCCUCAUCCGCAACACGUGAUUUUUGCGAUCAUGCUGAUGGGCAAAGACUUCCGACAUCAAGGGGUGGAGGAGCGCGAGGCACAGGUGGCGGAAAACCAGGAUUGGCUGAAAUUGUGGAAAUUCACCAACGCGAUUCUCGGCACAGACGACGAGGGUUGGGUGCCUCCUCGGCUGGCCUUCGAAAUGGUGCAGGCGAAAGAGAGGGAAGUCUUCGGAGUCCAUCAACAGGGACAAACCCCAGGAGCAUCGGAAGAAGAAGCAAGGAAACUCUGGUUCUACAAGUAG